AUGGGGAAGCACAACAGCAAGUUGGCUCCAGAGAUGCUGGAUGACCUGGUGAGAAGCACUGAAUUUAAUGAGCAGGAGCUGAAACAAUGGUACAAGGGCUUUCUGAAAGACUGCCCCACAGGCAUCCUCAACUUGGAGGAAUUCCAGCAACUCUAUAUCAAGUUUUUCCCCUAUGGUGACGCAUCCAAGUUUGCCCAGCAUGCUUUCCGCACGUUUGACAAGAACGGAGAUGGGACCAUUGACUUCCGGGAGUUCAUUUGCGCUCUGUCCGUCACUUCCAGGGGCAGCUUUGAGCAAAAGUUGAAUUGGGCCUUCGAGAUGUAUGACUUGGAUGGGGACGGGAAGAUCACACGCUUAGAGAUGCUAGAGAUCAUUGAGGCUAUCUACAAGAUGGUGGGUACUGUCAUUAUGAUGCGGAUGGAUCAAGAUGGGCUGACACCCCAGCAGCGGGUCGACAAGAUCUUCACCAAGAUGGAUAAGGAUAAAGAUGACCAGAUCAGCCUGGAAGAGUUCAAGGAGGCAGCCAAGAGCGACCCCUCAAUUGUCCUCCUGCUGCAGUGUGACAUGCAGAAGUAG